GGAACGCCAGUAAACAGGAUUCCCAUCAUGGCCAAACAGACGCUGGACUUGUACGAGCUGUUUAGACUCGUCAUAUCUAAAGGUGGCUUGGUAGAAGUUAUAAACAAGAAGUUAUGGAGGGAGAUAACCAAAGGCCUCAACCUCCCAUCAUCAAUAACAAGCGCUGCUUUCACGCUCCGAACUCAAUACAUGAAGUACCUCUACCCAUACGAGUGUGAGAAAUUGAAAUUAAGCAGCCUCUCAGAACUCCAAUCGGCCAUCGAUGGCAAUCGAAGAGAAGGCAGGAGGCCCGGGUUC